AUGAGCCAGUCGACGGGAGAACAAGAAGUCGGUAUCGUGAGUUCAUUGGAGAGAUCCAGACAGAAGGCGAAAAAAUUGAAAAAGGACAUUAGCAUCAUUGAAAGAGUACAUGUUGCAGGCAAAAAAAUUAAAGUAUUGGUCGACAAGAAGAAAAAGAAGAGCACCGAACUAUCUAAAUAUCGUUUAACGGUCGGGAAGCUACGGCAACAAAUCAAAGAUGAAAUAAAAGGAUUGGUGAAAAUUAGACAAUCAUCGGAAUUUAAACAAAUUUCGGGACUGGCUUUUCGAAAGACCUACGAAUACAUUGAUCACAUUAUGUACGAUUACUGUGGCGAAUUUUGUAACAACUAUGACGAUUCGAGUUCGACGAACAACAACAAUGACAGCAACACAGAUGAAAAUUCAUGUGAUGCACCACCAAGGAUAACUUCGACUUCAUAUCAUUUCGAAAAGAUGUACAAAUCUACCAUGGAAUGUGUCGUUUGUCUGAGCGAAAUCGGUGGUAUGCAGAUGGUGUUUAAUAAUUCUUGUUCUCAUUCGGUCUGUUCUUCUUGCAAUGGACAGAUAACGAAUCCGAGAUCAUGUCCGACGUGUCGGGUCACCAUAACUAGCAAAUUGGUGCCAUUCAAAUCAAUCCACAUGUCCAGGGGUUCAGUUUUUUAUGGUGACGUCUUGGUGGUGUUGUUGUUGCAACCUAUUCAACAGGGUCGAUUUUCCCACACCGAUGUUACCUUCGAUGCUGAUUCUCAUUUUUUUUUGGUGUAUAUAACAACAACAUUCAAUUUACAGGAAUAUAUUAUGCACUAUGCACUAGUAUAG